CUGGGCCGAAGGGCGAGGCAUGGUGGGGCGGGGCCCAUGCACAAGGAACAGUCCGCCAUGGCCGCCGCUAACCGCCGCCGGUGCCUCGCCAGGGUCGCCGCCGUGGGUGCGGUGCUGUUGCUGGUGCAGCUGCCGCAGCUGCACGCGGCGCCGCCGUCCGCGUCGCCGUCGGCCGACGACGAGCUCGACGACCCCGGGGUGUUCCAGCGGCUCAAGUCGUACUGCAAGUCGUACACGAUGGGCAGGGGCCUGGCCAUGAUGUACAGCGACGACGACAUCAAGUGCCUGCUCAUGGUGGCGCGGGCGAUGCGCAAGGACUUCAGCCCCAUGGUGCAGCCGGCCGUGACCAUGUACAACUUCAUCAUGCACACGACGCCGCGCUGCAAGGUCAGCCUCGUCGCCAAGGGCAAGAUGUUCCUCGACCCCGAGUUCCUCAAGGGGGUGGCCGCCGUGCUCUUCAGCUCGUCCUCGACCACGACGACGACGCCGCCGGCGGCCGCCGCCGCCAGACGGCACGGCGGUGGCGGGGCCGCCUAGAGGACGACUAACGGCGAGGGGCAAGUGUUGUGGGCCGACGCCGCCGACCGCGGCGUGAGCUCACCGCAGAGGAGGGGGUCGGGGGUAGGGGGUAGGGUACAUUUUGGAAAGGUUAUGGGGAAUAAGGAGGUGAUCGGCUAUUUCCGUGCAUUUGGAAAAAUUUGGGGCUCGGACCCCAAAGGGUACAUAGUGUAGAUUUAGUUGUUUAUUUUGAAGUAAAACAGAAAUACAAAGACCUCCCACCUCA